AUGUCAUCACCAUCAGCAGCUAUGCAAAAAACGCCUUUGCAAGAGAGGCAAAGGAGUCAGUUAAAUCAGAAUGUUCGAACUGGUCCAGUUCAACAGCGGAUACCAAGCCCACGGAUGAACGUUACGAGACAAAGGGAUGACCGAGUUUCUCCGGCAGUUGGAGACAAGCCGCCUCAGUUCAUUCGCUUACCUACUUCUGCAUCAGUCGUAGAAGGAAAUAGUGUUUUAUUUGAAGCAAGAGUUUCUGGACAGCCUUCACCUCGGCUAACCUGGUAUCAUUCUGACGGUUCAUUGUUAACAGAGGGCGGCAGAGUUCACAUUGUAAAUUUUGGCGAUGGAUCUUCACAAUUGAAGAUUGAUAAAUGUAAUGCCAAUGAUGUUGACACUUACUUUUGCGUAGCGGAAAAUAGUGGAGGAACUGCACAAGCCAGAUGUUAUUUAAAUGUUCUUCAAACAUGCUGUACUUUUGACUUUAAACAGUGCUUUGUAAUGAAUUUUUUCAAUUUAGAAGAAGCGAAAACCGCUGCACCUCAGUUUGUCGGUAAAUUCCAGUCUGUUACCGUAUUUGAAGGGGACUCCUUGACGCUUUAUUGUAAAGCAAGCGGUGAAGGCGUAAGCACAUGUUGGCUUAAAGACGGUGCCCCAAUAGUACCCAGUCAGAAAUACAAGAUAGAGAAUAAAGGCGGUGGAGAAUCUACCUUACAGAUAAUUGGAGCAAAAAUGAGUGAUGGCGGUUGGUAUCAGUGCGAUGCUACAAAUAAAGCGGGAACUUCGUCUUUAAAGGGUAGAGUUGUAGUGCAAGCACGACAUAAACCAGCCUCACCAAUGGUGGCUCGACAGCAGCAAAUGGAAGAGGAUGCAGUUCCAGCUUCUAAGGAGCCUCCUAAGUUUUCGAGUACCCUAAAGAAUUUGAGUUUAAUAGAAGGUCAGACUGCUCUUCUAGAGUGUAAAUUUUCGCCCACCGAUGACCCGAACCUUAAAAUUGCUUGGUUAUUAAACGGGAAGGCGCUUCUCGCUAGUUCUCGUGUUACCACGUUGACGGACUUCGGUCAUGCAUUGCUUGAAAUUAAUCCAGUUACUGUCUUUGAUAGAGGAGAAUACACUGUCGUAGCAGUGAAUACACUGGGUGAAGCUCGCCAAACAGCUAUUGUCGAAAUUGUUGGACAAAGAAACGCUCUGAGUGACGCCUCCAACAGGAUAGCUACUAAAAGGCAAGAAACCGUUACGAGUAAACCUGCCCCACCCGCCAGAAUCAUGGAACCACCAAACUUUCAUAGCGAUUUACGGUCCACUGAAGUUUUUGAGGGAUCACAUGUUCAUUUAGAGGCUAAAUUAACUCCAAUUGAAGACCCUGACCUUGUCAUUGAAUGGUUCUUUAAUGGAGAGCUCAUCAAGGAAGGAAGCAGAACUCGCAUGGUGCACGAAUUUGGAUUUGCUACCUUGGACAUAUUUGAAGUAACAGCGGAAGACGGUGGUGUGUACACAUGUCGCGCCACAAAUGUUAUAGGAUCAGCGGAAACCUAUGCUACUGUUAUUGUACAACGAUCGGUUCCGAGGCCUGAAAGUUCCCAGCAAAUAAUUGACGUUGAAGACGCACGAGAAAUGCAGUAUACAAAAGAAAGCUAUACUCAGGCUCCGGUGUUUCAAACAAAGAUUCUUGACUAUCACUGUGAUAAAGAACUUGGACGUUCCUAUUUUGAAGCUCGAAUCUUGCCAACAAAUGAUCCAUCACUGCUUGUAAUUUGGCUUAAAGAUGGCCAGCCACUUGCGGCAGCAAACCGCAUUCAGACUUUUCACGAAUUUGGAUGUGUCUCCUUGACAUUGAAUCCGACUUAUCCGGAAGAUGCUGGGCAAUAUACGUGCAUCUUAAGAAACGCUUGUGGAGAAACAAACUGCUCAGCACAGUUAACUACAACUUUCAGUGCACCAUUGCAGUUAGACUCAAAACAUGAAGAGUCUUUAGCUCAGAUUGGGUAUCUUGAAGGACAUCAGGUGCAUAUUGGACCACAGGAGAUUGAUCGGCCAGAAGAAUUUUUCAGCAUGGAACCUCCCCGGUUCGCUCGUCCGUUAGCAAGCAGGAUUGAGGUUGACGAAAAUGAACCUGUCCAUUUUGAGUGUCGUCUCCAACCAGCUAGUGAUGUAAAAAUGGCCGUGGAUUGGUAUCAUGACGGAGUUCCUUUACCUGCAGCCCACCGUUUCAAGCCAAUGUUCGACUUUGGCUACGUAGCACUUGAUAUUCUGUAUGUUUAUCCAGAAGAUUCUGGCACUUAUACCUUAGUUGCUCGUAAUGAGCUUGGAGAGAUCGAAUCAAGUCUUGAUCUUAUUGUGCAUCCUCAUAAAACACUUUAUACGGAGCCUCAACACCCGGAAGGCCUGGAUAGGAUACAAGAGUUAGAACAAAGCAGAAUUCGUCCUCUUGAACACCCAGCUGACAGGGAAUGUGAUGCGCCUCCGCUGUUUAUUGGUGAGCUUGAAAACUUGGAACUCAAUGAAAAUGAUGACUUGCACCUAGAAUUGAAGUUAGAACCGGUAAAUGACCCAACUAUGGUAGUAGAAUGGUUUGUAAAUGGCCGACCGUUGACUACUGGCUCAAGAAUUAAACCACAGUUUGAUUUUGGAUUUUUAUCUGUUGAUUUACGUGGCGUGAUAGCUGAAGAUUCUGGUGUGUACUGCGUCAGAGCAACAAACGCCUUAGGAGAGGCAGUAAAGCAGUGUACAAUUAACGUUACUCCUAGAAUGGCAAUUGUUUCUGAGACACAGCAUGAGGAAAGUCUCGACAAGAUCUACAAAAUUGAAAACAUGAAAAAAUAUGGACGUGAAGAAGUCGUUGACAGAGUUCCACAAGAAUCUCCGAGCUUCGUACAGCCAUUGGAAAGCGAUCUUGGGGAGAUUGAAGAAGGAGCUCCAGUUCACCUUGAAUGUCAAGUGAGGCCGAUUGGCGACAAUUCUCUAAAGAUUUUGUGGUUGAAAGAUGGAAGACCAAUUCCAACAGGCCAUCGAUUCCGUACCUUCCAUGACUUUGGUUUUGUUUCGUUGGACAUUUUGGAUGUUUACGCGGAAGAUAGUGGUAAAUAUACUUGUAUCGCUAAGAACGAUUUUGGUGAAACCCAAAGUAGCUCAACAUUUAUUUGUCAUGCAAAGUCUACGAUUGUUGGUCAUACAAACCAUCCUAGCAGUGUUGCUCGAAUUCAAGAGAUUGAGGCUCCAAAACCGGCAGCCGAAGAAGUUCCUGAUGUUACAAUCCCAGCGCCUCAGUUUGUUAAAGCGCUUGGUGAUGGCAGUACAAUUGGUGUUACCGAAGGAGACAAUGUUUAUUUGGAAGCUCAAGUAACUCCAACCGAUGACAGUUCGAUGACAUAUGAGUGGCUGUUGAACAACAGGCCGUUAAUGAAGGCACAUCGAUUUGUUCUUACUCAUGACUUUGGAUACAUAGCACUGAAUAUCCUUUAUAUUUAUCCUGAAGACAGCGGUACCUAUACUCUCGUUGUAAAAAAUAGGUCUGGUGAAUGUCAGUCAUCUGUUAAUAUUGACUGUGCGGUUAAAGACAGUAUGGUUACUGAGUCGUUCCAUCCAAAUUCAAUUCAACGUAUCCAAGAACUGGAAACACCGCUGCAAAAAGUUGAAAAGUCUCCAGAAGCACCACCGGCUGCUCCACAAAUUGUACGACCCCUUCCACCAAAACUUGACCAAGUUCACGAAAGUCAAACUUUACAUCUAGAAGCACAAAUACUGCCUAUCGAUGACAACCAGCUGAAGGUCGAAUGGUUCCAUAACGGUCAACCACUGAAGGCUAGCAGUCGUUAUCGACUAAUGAAUGACUUUGGUUUUGUUUCACUGGAUAUUGACUUUAUCAUUGCUGAAGAUGCCGGUACUUACACACUCAUAGUUACCAAUUCUGAAGGUCGUGCUGAGACAAGCACUGAAUUUGAAGUACAGCUGCUGAAGAACAUUCUGAUUGAAACACAGCAUCCAGAAAGCCUUAGGCGCAUACAGGAAAUUGAGGCUAUGCAGCCUGCUAAACCUGAGGAUGAAGAAUAUGUACCAGAACACCCGGUAUUCACUCAGCCUCUUAGAGGGCCUACGGACAUUUUGAAGGAAGGACAGUCAGUACAUAUGGAUUGUAUGGUACAACCAAUAAAUGACCCGAAUCUCAAGAUUGAAUGGUUACUGAAUGGGCAUCCAAUAUUGUUUGGAUCAAGAAUACGUACUAUGCAUGAUUUUGGAUACGUUGGUCUUGAAUUUCUGCAUAUCCACCCAGAAGAUUCUGGCACAUACACUUGCAGGGCAGUUAACGUUGCCGGAGAUGCUACGACGGAGUUUACAUUGCAGUGCAAACCCUUAAGAAACAUUUAUUUGGAUACACAGCAUGCGGAGUCUUGGGCUAGAAUACAAGAGAUAGAAAACCGUGAAGAAAUAAGAGAACCAUCACCUGACCAAACAUUUAUGCCUCCAACUUUUACUGAAACUUUACAAAAUGUAGAAGGACUGAAAGAAGGAGAUAGCGUUCGACUCGAAUGUCGACUUCAACCAGUUAAUGAUCCUUCACUCAAAGUGUUUUGGGAGAGAAACGGACAACCAGUUCCACAAGGAAGUCGAUUUAUGCCGGCUCGCAACUUUGACUAUGUUACGCUUGACCUUCUCGCUGUAUAUGCUGAAGACUCUGGAGUUUACACUUGUCGAGCCAUAAGUGAAUUUGGAGAAAGUGCUACUUCUUGUACCAUUAAAUGUCAACCUACGGACGCCCUUUUACUAGAUACUCAGCACCAAGAGUCAUGGAAUAUUGUGCAGGAAAUAGAAAAUAGGAGACCUGAAGAACCAAUUUAUGAAGAGCCAGAUAAGAUUGCUCCGUACUUUGUUGUUGAUCUUCCGUCGCACAUGGGUGCCUUUGCGGAAGGCACACCAGUCCAUUUUGAGGGCCAGAUUGAACCAAACAAUGACAACAAACUUACUGUUGAAUGGUUACAUAAUGGACAGCCUCUUGCCAAUGGCCAUCGUUUCCGAACUACUCACGAUUUUGGAUACGUUGCUCUGGAUAUCCUUUACGCUUUCCCAGAAGACAGCGGCGAUUGGACGUGCCUCAUAAGAAAUGAACUUGGUCAGGCAGAGUCAACGACUUCUUUCUCCAUCACUGGUCACGAUUCCAUAUUCCAAGAUACACAGCAUCCUGAAAGCUGGCAGCGUAUACAGGAAAUUGAAGCUCCGAAGAAAGCUGCACCAGAAAUUCCAGAGAAAGCUCCAGAAUGUCCUAAAUUUAUUGAAACAAUGGAUUCCAUUGAAAGGAUUGAAAAUCAACCUGUCCAUUUUGAAACGAGAGUUACUCCCAUAAACGACCCGAAUUUACGGAUAAGCUGGUAUAAAGACGGAGCUCCUUUGAUAAACAGCAAUCGCUUCCGACAUACUGCCGACUUUGGGUUUGUUGCUCUUGAUAUCGCCUACACUGUACCGGAGGAUACAGGAAUUUACACUGUUGUUGCAACCAAUGGUGUAGGCGAAGAUAGCAUCUCUGCCCAGCUGACAGUGCAAGAAAAAUCUGCUAUUCUUGGUGAUGUUCAACAUGAGAGAAGCUGGCAGAAAAUUCAAAUGAUGGAACAACCAAAACCCGCUAAGUCAGAUGAGCAAGCGGUGUCGCAAGAACCGCCCAAAUUUGUUCGCCCUGUCAACUCAGUGACAGAUCUCAUUGAAGGCCAACCUGCUCAUUUUGAAACUUUAUUGGAACCCAUUUCCGAUCCUAAGAUGCAGAUUACUUGGUAUCAUAAUGGGCAUCCACUAGUAGCAAGCAGCCGAAUGACAAUGCGUAGUGACUUUGGCCUGUGUACUUUGGACAUUCAUUAUAUACUGCCCGAAGACAUUGGCCAGUACUGUUGUUACGCAAGAAAUGAUUUUGGUGAGGAUAAAACUGAAGGUAGCCUAGAAUGUCAAGCUCGUGCAAAUAUUAUUUCUGAUGUGCAACACGCUGAAAGCUGGCGUAGGAUCCAGGAAAUAGAAGCACCCAAAGAAGCACCAGCUCCUGCAGCCGCUCCAGUCUACGCAAAGCCGACAUUCACGCAACCUCUUCAAAGCAUUGCUGAUCUUGUUGAAGGCGGUGUAGCUGUACUUGAAGCUCGAGUAAUUCCAGUGAACGAUCCAAAUCUUCAGAUACAAUGGUUCCUCAACGACUCACCGCUGCAGCAAAGUAAUUGGUACACUAUGACAAACGAUUUUGGAUGUAUCACUCUUCGUAUUGCGCCUGUUUAUACUCGACAUAGCGGCGUAUAUUCAUGUAAAGCGGUAAAUGAGCAAGGAGCUGCUAUAACCAGUGCUUCUAUUACCGUUGUUGGAGAAGACAAUUUGCAAAUGGAAACUCAGCAUCCAGAAUCUUUACAAAAAAUCCAGCAACUGGAAUCUUUGGACAAGUAUCCGAAAAUGGAAAUACCAGAAGCAGAAUACACUAAGCCAGUAUGGACAAAAUCAUUUGACAAUAUUGAUAAUUUACAAGAAGGAGAAAUUGUUUUCUUAAAUGGUCUCAUUGAACCUGCAGAAGAUCCUAAUUUGAAAGUUGAAUGGUUCCAUAAUGGUGCACCACUUCAAAACUCUAAUCGAUACCGUCAUGAAAACAGCUUCGGCAACGUGUCUUUAACAAUUGUUCACGUUUUACCUCAAGACUCUGGUUUGUAUACAUUAAAACGAUCUGGAGUUGCAGGUUAUGAGGCUAUUCUUCGAGACACUCAACAUCCAGCAUCAUGGGAAAAAAUACAGGUUCUCGAAGCUCCAGUCAUAGUUGAAGAGGUUGAAGAAGUUGUGCAAAAAGAAAAACCACGUUUCUUGUCUCAACUGGAAUCUUAUGACGGCAUUACAGAAGGAGAUUCUGUCCAUUUAGAAGCAACGUUCCAACCUGCACGCGACCCUGACCUGAAAGUGAUUUGGUUGAAAAACAAUGAGCCAAUUGGCGCUAGUCAGUUGGUGAGGAUAAGGAGCGAGUUAGGCUGGACAGCACUGGAUAUCAACGGUGUUAACGUUGAUCAUAAUGGCGUUUACACAUUGAAGGUUGUAAACAGCGAGGGAGAAGCCGUAACAUCCGCAUCUAUCAAGGUUGCCAAAAUUGGUGAUGUUUUGACUGAAACCAGUCAUGCAGAGUCUUGGAAACGUAUUCAAGAAAUAGAAGCUCCUCGAGAGAAAACUCCAGAACCCGCACCAGUUGUAUACGAUGCUCCAACAAUUCAAACACAGAUCAUGGAUAUUGAAUGCAGAGAGGGUGAGCCAUCGCACUUUGAAGCCAUUAUUGCCCCUGUAAAUGAUCCAAAACUCACUGUAACUUGGCUUCGAAAUGGUCAACCUCUAGCUCACGGUUCUAAAUUCGCGAUUUCUCAUGAUCUUGGUUACUGCACCCUUGACAUCGGCUACACUUAUCCUGAAGACGAGGGUAUAUACCAGCUCCAAGUUGUUAAUGAAAGUGGUAGAGCUGUUUCUAGUGCGACACUGAAAUGUCACAGCACGGAAGCAAUUCUGACAGAUACUCAACAUGAACAGUCAUGGAGGAGAAUACAAGAAAUUGAGGCGCCAAAAGCGCCAGUACCUGAACUUCCUCCAGCGCCCAAAAUUCCACCUAAAUUUAUAACAGAGAUUAAAAGUUUUGGUGAUUUAAGCGAGGGUCAACCAGCUCACUUUGAAGCGACGUUGGAACCUAUUGAUGACCCAGAACUAGUUGUGCAAUGGUACCUGAAUGGCGAACCUGUGGCUGCUAGCUCACGUGUCAAAAUGAUCAGUGAUUUUGGGUGGAUUAUUUUGGAUAUUAAUCAGACAGAACCACGUGAUUCUGGGGAGUGGACUUGUGUAGCUACAAAUGCUAUGGGUGAAGCCACCUGUUCAGCGACUUUAAAUAUUAGUGGAAAAGAAAGCAUAGUUUUGAAUUCUCUCCAACCUCAAAGUCUGGACCGUAUACGAGAAAUUGAAGCUGUAAAACCUGCACCAGAAGAAGCACCUCCUAGGAUCUUUGAUGCCCCUCAAAUUGUAGCACAUCUCUCCGAACAAAGUGGUAUAAGUGAGGGUGAGAGUGUCCAUCUUGAGUGCCAGUAUUUGCCUGUUGAUGACCCGAACUUGAAAGUGGAAUGGUUCAAAAAUGAUCAACCAUUAUUCCACGCCAAUCGUUACAAGAUGAUUCAGGAUUUUGGAUUUGCCAUUUUGGAUAUUCUUCAUCUUUUUGCACAGGUUUUACACGAUUCUGGCAAGUACACUGUACGAAUUAGUAAUGAUGCUGGCGUAGCAGAGACUUCAGUUGUUUUGGAUGUAGCUACAAAAGCGAGCCUUCUCCUGGAAACACAGGAUGAAAAUAAAGCUCGGGCAGUAGAAGAUUUGGAAGAAAUGCUUCAUCGCAGGCCUGAAGAAGUUGUUAAAGAAGAGCAGAAAACUGUGCCAGUAUUUAUAGAACCGUUAACAGCACCAGUGACAUGUGACGAGGGAGAUAGGGCACACUUCUCAGCUCGCUAUGAGCCGCUAAACGACAACCAACUCCAGGUUCAGUGGUUCUUGAACGGUAAACCCUUGAAGACAGGUAGUCGCGUGAAAACAAUAAACGAUUUCGGCUUUGUUGUGCUGGAGAUAUGGCCUACUUACCCGGAAGAUUCCGGCGAGUACACAUGCAGAGCAUUCAAUAAGGUUGGAGAAGCUGUCACUAGUACUCAGCUUACUUGUACUGCUAAACGUGCAAUAAUCACAACGUCACAACUGCCUGAAAGUAUGUCCGAUGCUCAAAGACGAAUCGCUGAGCUAGAGGCUCCAAAAGCUCCACCUCCUGAAAGAGCUGAUAUGGAUUAUGGACCACCAGUUUUCAUAUCUCAGCUGCAGGAUCAUUCAGACUUGAUUGAAGGGCAAGUGGCUCAUCUGGAGGUUCAAGUCGAACCCGUAGGCGAUCCUAGAUUGAAAAUUGAGUGGUUACAUGACGGUAAACCUAUUGCUCAUUCUUCAAGGAUGAAAAAUAUCCACGAUUUUGGAUUUGUCGUCCUCGAACUCUCACCUGUUGAGCCUCAGGACACCGGAACGUGGACUUGCAGAGCAACGAAUGCUCGUGGUGAAGCAGAAGUGUCUUGUAAAAUUGCUGUAAAGGGAAUGAGUGGAAUUGUUUACGAUUGGCAAAGUAGUAGUGAGAGAAAGGAAAGAAUUAACCAGCUAGAAGACUGGCUUCAUAGACCAAAAGAGUACUUUGAGCAACCAUCUAGAGAAUACGAAGCUCCCAGAUUUAGUACUGAACUUCAGGAUCUUGGAAAAUUGAAAGAAGCUGACGCAAUUGCUUUUACCUGUGUUUUGGAACCAAUCGGUGACCCUUCGUUGAAGAUCGAGUGGCAACACAACGGUCAUGCAAUUCCUUACUCUAACAGAAUUCAAAUGACUAAUGAUUUUGGGGUCGUCACUUUGCUAAUAAAACACCUGAUUGCUCAGGAUACUGGGGAAUACAAAUGUUUUGCACGUAAUAGCAAAGGAGAGGCUGAAACGAUUGGACAUAUCAUAGUUGAAACUAGUAUCGAGAUUGAAGCACCUAGUGUUAUUGAACCAUUGAUUGAAAGGAUAGAAGAAGUUCAGGAGGGAGAAUCAGUUCACCUUGAGUGCCGCGUAGCUCCUAGCAAUGAUCCAAAAUUAUCUGUACAUUGGCUCAAAAAUGGCGUUCCACUGCUAGAAGCAUCUAGGUUUAGACCUUCGUUUGAAUUUGGGUUUGUUACUCUGGAUAUUUUAUACGCAUAUCCCGAAGAUAGUGGAGAAUACAAUUGUAUUGUGGUAAAUGAUAUGGGAGAAGCUUCCACCAAAUCCAUAAUACAGGUGCUUCCGAAACCAGCUCUCGAAUUUUCGCCUCAAGCACCUGGCUCUAAUAUUGAGAAUUUGGAGAGCCAUUUGAGAAUGCAUACGAGAGCUGUUCUCGCAUUAUCGAAGGAUGAUGCUUACGUUGAGGCAUUGAAACGGCCUCCUGAAUUUAAAACAAAGAUGACAAACGUUGGUGUUGAGGAAGGAGAUUACUGCCGCUUUGAAACACAAAUUGCUCCAGUUAACGAUCCAUAUAUGAAGGUUGAAUGGUAUAAGGAUAAAAAACCAGUGUUAAUAGGACAUCGUUUUCGAUCAACACUGGACUUUGGAUUUGCGUCUCUUGAUGUUCUUUAUGCUUUACCUGACGAUACUGGAGAAUACACUUGUGUAGCUACUAAUCGUUAUGGUCAGGCAAUUACUUCAGCAAACCUCGCUUGCGCUGGGAAGAAGCACAUUAUUACAGAAAGCCAACUUCCACAGGGUGUUCUGGUUGCUGACGUCAAAAAUUUAGGGGAUCAGCCUUACUGGUCUGAAGAAACUACUGAACAGCCUCGUGAAAAGCAAGCGCCGCAGUUUACAGUCAAACCGAGAGACCUUCAGAGCGUCGAAAACGAGCCAGCGCGUUUUGAAUGUGCUGUUAUUGGAAAUCCGAAACCAAAAGUUAUUUGGUACAUCAACGGAAACCAAGCGAUUCAUGGUCGUCGUUAUAAGCUAAACUACGAUGGAAUGUACUACCUGACGAUAUCAAAUACCAAAAUUUCGGAUGCUGGAGAAGUCGUUGCUAUUGCCAAGAAUACAGAAGGUGAGGUUCUUGCAUCUUGUAUGCUCGAUGUAUUCCAAAAGAAAGAUUUCCGCCAUAUUCAACUAAAGCCAACUAUCUUUAAAACUCCUGAUGAGUUGCAAGCGAGGGAAGUCACAUGGCAAAAGGAAACUUUGGGCACUCUUGGUGAAGCAUUUGAGACGGCCCCAAAACCAGACCAACAGAAGUUGUUGCGCGUUGAGCAAGCAAAACUGGAAUUUGAGUCGUUGGAGUCUGAGGAGCUUAAAGAGAAGUUUGCAAAAGCUAAAGGACGUGGACUAAGUGACCAGUUGGCUUACGUAAGCUUGAGAUUUCAGAAAGUUUUACUAACGGUAGAAGCUAGGCGCGGGACGUACAAGGGUCUCGAAUUAGAGCCAGUGACACUGAAACCUGGCCGGACCUCAAAGUAUCAACCUCCUGAAGAAAGUAUGGAAAGUGUUCAACUGAAAGCUAUUCCAAAAGCUGAAAAGGUCAUUCCUCCUAGUGGAGCUAUGGUGCCACAACCAUCUUGGGCAACUGACAAAAAGCUCGGAGAUGUGGAAGGAAGGUACAAUCGUCUUCCGGAAGUCGCACCAGAAGUUUCUGUCCCUGCACGUGACCAAAUUCAACUGAAAACGGCAAAACCAAAACGUCCUGAAGAAAUUGAACAUGUAAAGAUUGAAAAAGACAAAGCUCACUUGGCUCCUGUCGUCCAGAAACCAGAAGUACCUCCAGAGGCGUCGAUUCCUGCGAAACAACAGGUGCAGAUUAAACAGAAAUACCAGCCGAAACAGGUAAAACCAAUGGAGACAACAAAGAUUGAAUCAGAACCGCUUCGUGACAUUCCACCGGUGGUCAAAGAGAAAGUGGUUGAGCCAUCAAUACCAUCAAAACAUAUGUUAUUUUACCAAACUUAUCGGGAAUAUGCAGAAAAAAGCGCCGCAGGUCUUUUGGUUGAAACCGAAAAAUUUCAUCUCAAGGAGGAAAGUGGAGAGGCCGUUAGAAAUACUCAUUAUUUGUAUAGUCCUCGAACUCGAGAGAGAACAUUGGGUUUUCAUAUGAUUCGUCCGCAACCUACAAAAAUGGGACAAACCCAGAAAGCUCCACCGAAUGUCCUGCAGCAGUUGAAGCCCGUACAAGCAGAAAGUGGCCGUUCUGCGAAGUUCUCUUGCAACUUUGACGGUGCGCAACCGAUGAAGGUCACAUGGCUCAGAGACGGUGUAGAAAUUAAGCCAAGUUUUGGAUUCAAUAUAACAACUACACCCACCAGUUCAACGUUGAGUAUUGGUAAAUUGAAACCUGAAGAUGGUGGAGAGUACAUAUGCAGGAUAGAAAACGUUGCCGGUACGGUAGAGUCAUUUGCUAGCCUUACAGUCGUCGCAGCAGUUGAUCGUGGUGUAGCUCCAAACUUCCAACAGAGGAUGAAUGAUAUUCGAGCUCCGCAAAAUACAACAGCUCAGUUCACGUGCACGGUCACCGGAUCACCUGCACCAAAUGCUACUUGGUUUAAGGAUGGAAAGCCACUUCCAAAUGAUCAGCGUUUCUUAGCGGUGGCAAGUGAUAACCAGCGAACUUUGACUUUGACAAAUAUUCUUCCCAGUGAUACGGGAAUUUACGAGAGUAAAGCACGACUGAAUGUCAUUCUCUCGAGGACUGGGCAAGGAGCGGAAGCAGGUCCAAAGUUAGAAGCUUCACGCUUCCAAACGCAAAUACAACCUGUAGUGGCACAGGAAGGUGGCCAAGCGGAAUUUAGAGCGAAGUAUACGGGAGUGCCAGAGCCAACUAUUCGAUGGUAUAGAAAUAACGAACCACUUAAGAAGAGCAGAUACUACGAAGUUUUUCAAGGAAAUGGUGAAGCUGUGUUCCGUAUUCUUGAAUGUUAUCAAGAGGAUGUAGCAGAAUAUAAAUGUGAAGCUGUAAAUACAGCUGGAAAAGCCACCACAGUAGCUAACCUAGUGUUACAGCCAAGGGUCGGCGGUACUCGAACGGCCAUUAUUACUAAAGCAACUCCUAAUGGUAAAGCGCCAAAGAUUCCUGCAAAACCCGCGCCAAGUGGACCUCCUCAGUUUAUUUCAAAGUUAACAGAUAUUGCAGCUCGACCAGGGCAUACUGUAAAACUCGUAGCAGAAAUUUCUGGUAAUCCGACUCCAACGGUAGCAUGGUCGUUCAACAACAAACCUUUGUAUAAUAGUCUUGACCACAAGUUAUCGGUUGUUGACGGCAAAGCAACACUGGAAAUUCCACGUGCUACUCCUGCAAAUGCUGGCACUUACAGCAUAACAAUACGAAACCAGUUAGGUGCGGCACAGUGUCAAGCAAAACUUAAAGUUGAAAGUAGGUAG